AUGCUUGUGGUGAUCACCGGUCGCAGCCCCCGCUCUGCCGACGGUGACAAGAAGGGGCACAUUCUGCGAUGGGUGGAGGAUCAAAUCUCCUCCGGCAAUCCGGCCUCCCUCAAGGACCAGGGCAUGGACGCCCCGGAUGAUGCUGUGCUGCGCCUGGCCCAGCUGGCCCUCUCCUGCACCGCGGAGCGCACUGCAGGCCGGCCCAACAUGACAGGCGUUGCCAACGAGCUGCAGGGGAUCAGGCAGGAGGUGGUGGGGAAGGAGGAGCUGGGUGCAGCGAUCAAGGUGGAUGCACUAGCACAGGAGAUGCGGAGCGGGACGUCCUUUCCCAAUGACUUGGCUGAGGAGCUGCGGGUGAUUAAGAGCAUGGAUGAAGAGACCGCCAAUACAGGACUUCAAGGGAUUGAGUACAGCUCAUUUGGUUCUGGUCGCACCGGAUGA